AUGAAUAAAAGGAUAUUUAGUUUAGUUUGUAUCAUCUUGUAUGUCCUUUUGGCUGUGUCAAUACAUUGCUCGGAGCAGAAAGAUGAUCGAUCUAAGGCAUCUGGCUUAAGAAGUAGAAUCAGUCGUGUUAUCAAACAAAUAAGGAGAAGUAACAAAAAAAAUGAUAUAGAAUAUAAACGUGAAACUCAAUCAAAUAAUAACAAUAAUUACGAUUAUGAAAGGUAUCGUGGCCCCUAUGAGGAUCAAGCACCAUUCAGUUAUUGCUGUUGUGGUCUUUGUUAG